GGUUGUGUGCAGUACGCUGUCUGAAUGUAGGUCGCAUGUUAAAUCCCAGUGUACUCUUUCCAUUUAGAAAACAUUAAAAUUGUCGUAACACACUGAAACUGUUCCCAGACCCGCGGUUCACCGCCUCCUCUCGUCUUUCUGCCCGGUUCCACGUACCCACUACGUCACUUCCUGUUUGACGAUGAUGGCGGUGGAUUUGACUCCGAGGUUUAGAAGGCUGAAUAGUCAAACGAGAUGUUUUAACGAGAAGAAACACCCAACAGGACCGUUUAGAGCGACACAGCUGUGGCGUAACAUCGUAGAGGCCUUACAGACGCAGGUGGAGGUCAGGCGUCGCCGGCAGCACUUGCGAGUACACCGAGACUGCUUCACCGGCUCUGAUGCUGUCGACGUGGUUCUCAGCCACCUCAUGCAGAACAUCUACUUCUGCACCAGCGACGUGACACGCCUCAAGGCUGUCAGGCUUUGCCAGGCUCUCAUGGACGCCCGGGUGUUCGAACCCGUUGGUGUGAAGCUCUUUCGCAGGGAAAAAGAGCUGGCCUUCGAGGACUCCGGCUGCAGUCUCUACCGCUUUCUGGAUUCCGACGGCCUUCCGGGAUCAGCUAAGCGCAGCGCCGGUAUGGAGAAUGAAUCACCUGUGAACCAAACUGGAAAGAAGAAGAAGGGGUCCAGGUUUGAUGACUUAAGGACCAUCUCCAACCCCUUGGCACUGGGAUCCUCAGACAGACGGGUGGAGAGAAUACUGAAAACCAUUAACCUCCAGCCGUCAAUGCCUUCUGGUCUGAAUCGUGCUGGUUUAUCAACUACCUACCUCUCAAAGCAAGUGGUACAGGAAGUGUGGAAACAGCAAACCCUCCUCCAGCUGUUGCAGUUAGUGGAGGUGCCUGUGUUGGACUGCGUCCUGACGUCGCCCUCCAAACCUGCUCCUCUUCGCACGCGUUUGCUAAGGAACCAUGACCUGGUCAUCUCCAACACCUGCGUGGACCGGGAAGUGUCCCAGGUCCUCAACCUGCCAGAGCUGGACUCGUGGCUGAUGGCGGCUGCAGACUGUCUGGAGCUGUUUCCGGAUGAGGUGAUAGUGGUGAUAGGAGAGCAGCUGCUUCAGGUCCAUGCUGAGGAGGGAGACGAGAGGCUGGGCGCCUACAAGAAACUGUUAUUCGACACCAUAGCCAAGUACUACAACAGUCAGGAGAGAGUUCCCCUGCUGGCUGAACGUUACCUGGACAUCCACGUAGGCAUCCUUAAGCUACUCGACUCAGGUAGGGUUGAGGAUGCUCUAAAGGCGUCUCAACUGUGUCUGCAACUUUUGGACGCCAGCUCUAGGAACGAGUUGCGCAGACUCCUGACCUUCAUGGCUGAAGCCGCAGACCCCAAGGCCUUCCAGCUACACAAAACGAUGGAGAACAGGUCUCUGAUCAGCAGGACAUUCAUGAAGGCUGUGCUUCAGAGUAAAGACGUGUCUCGUGUCCAGUCUGAGCAGCUCCUACUGUUUCUCACGGACCACCGUUUACACCUGUUCAAGAUGCCGGCGUCUCUGAUCGAGGCGGUGACGAAGGCCCUGCAAACCCUGCAGCAAGGCCAGGAUCCGAACAGCGUAGCACCGUUCGCCUUCUGUCAGCAGAUGUCGACACGUCAGUUCGAGGAGCGACGAGAGAAGACCACCUUCGAGAGCCUGAAACAGCUCGCUGAGCAUAUCACACUCAGUAACGAGCUGUCGAUCAAACAGAAGAGGCGGCUCAUCAAGGAGUUUCAGAAGCACCACCCAGCAGUGUUUCUCCACCAUUUCUCCUCCACCUUCUAGAACACGCACUUAUGCUUUAAACGGAAACUGCUCUAGUUUAGUAUGCAAGCCUAAUCCAGUAGAAUAACACUGGCGAAUCGAUAGUCGUGUCGAAUUGUUUGUCCUGCAGCUGCACUGCGCACGUUCAGUUCUGACAGGAAAUCGAUAUCGCUGAAAUGCACUUAGCUAGAACUCAUCAUUCUUAAAACCCAGCCCCUUUUUACAGUGACGCUGCGCUUCGGCGGCUGAUCACCUGCGCCGAUGGUCACGAAAGGUAAUCUGCCACACCCGCACACACCAGUGCGGUCAUCAGUUGCCUUAAUAUUAUUAUUAUUAUUAUUAUUAUUUUUUAGUCAUGUCUCAUGUUAUGAUCAGGAAAAUAUGGUCCUAAAGGUUGCAACGGUAUUUUUAGUUGCUAGCUGGACUGUAGAAGCAUUUCUCUAAGCUCAGAUGAAAUAUACUCUAACGGCACUUGUUCAGCUUGUUAUGAUGGGUUUUUUUAGGUACACUAUCGUCACUGUUUCUGUACAGUCUUUCCUUCUUUUUUGCCAAACCUCCACAGCUGAGAAUUACUUGAAUGGAUAAUAAUCAGGGAUGUGCUCAUUUAAACAAAAAAUUUGUAUUAAUUAAUUAAUUAAUUAAAUAGUUGAGUC